GUUAGCUCUCUGGUGUCAACAUACCAAACAACAAUGGCUAAAUCCAGAAGGUCUUGUUUCGUCUACGCUAUUCUAGUGAUUGCCCAUUUAUGUAACUGUGAAGCUGUCUUGUCUCAGAAAGAACAUGACAAGGUCUCGCAGUUGCCUGGUCAGAAUUUCAAUGUUAACUUUGCUCACUAUUCUGGGUUCGUUACGACGAAUGAGAAACUGGGAAGAGCGCUCUUCUACUGGCUCUUUGAAGCUUCUGAAGAUCCUGUGUCUAAGCCUCUUGUUCUCUGGCUCAAUGGAGGACCAGGAUGUUCAUCGGUUGGAUUUGGCGAAGCAGAAGAGAUAGGGCCAUUUCACAUUAAGUCUGAUGGGAAGACUCUUUACCUUAAUCAACAUUCUUGGAACCAAGCUGCGAAUAUUUUGUUCCUGGAUGCACCUGUUGGAGUUGGCUUUUCAUACUCAAAUACUUCAUCUGAUUUGCUUACCAAUGGUGAUAAAAGAACUGCACAAGACUCGCUAACAUUUCUGCUGAAAUGGGUUGAGAGAUAUCCGGAGUACAAAGGAAGAGAGUUUUAUAUAGUUGGGGAGAGCUAUGCAGGUCAUUACAUUCCUCAGCUGAGUCAAGCCAUUGUAAAACAUAACCAAGCUUCUGGUGAAAACACUAUUAAUCUGAAAGGUUACAUGGUAGGAAAUGGGCUUAUGGAUGAUAUCCAGGAUAGGCUCGGUCUUUUCCAAUAUAUGUGGUCGUUGGGGUUUAUCUCCGACCAAACAUACACCUUGCUAAAACUUAAGUGUGGUUCGGAACCAUUUAUGAUACCAUUUAUUUACGCCUCUGAAGCGUGUAAAAAGGUUCUAAAGAUAGCCGACAAGGAAAUGGGUAACAUAGACCGUUACAGUGUCUUUACACCGGCCUGUGUUACAAAUUCUUCCCAGUCAAGUAUGUUGCUAAAUAAAAAAAGACCAUUUGUAAGUGAUCUUAGCCGCGUGUAUGAUCCUUGCACGAAGAAACACUCCAAAGUGUAUUUCAAUCUUCCAAAGGUUCAAAAAGCCCUCCAUGUCCCACCACAAGUUGCUAGAGUUGCACCAUCCAAAUGGGAUACUUGCAGUAAAGUCGUGGGUGAACACUGGAAAGAUAGUCCUUCCUCGGUUCUAGACAUUUACCACGAGCUUAUAGCUGCCGGGCUACGGAUUUGGGUUUUCAGUGGAGAUGCAGAUGCUAUUGUACCAGUCACAUCAACCCGGUACAGCAUAAAUGCUCUAAACCUUAGUACAUUGAGUCCCUAUGGCCCUUGGUACAUAGACGGACAGGUGGUAGGGUGGAGUCAGCAGUAUGCUGGUCUAAACUUUGUGAUUGUGAGAGGAUCAGGGCAUGAAGUUGCUUUGCACAGACCAAAGGAGGCUCUUGCGCUCUUCAAGGCUUUUAUAUCAGGAACUCCACUGACUCAUGAUGAGUUCUGAUAUGGUUAAAACAUGUUAAUGUUGGAUUCUAUUAAGUUUGUACCAUUUUAUGAGAAGUCACACCAUCCAAUU